CUUCCAGCCUAAAGGUGGACGAAGCAGGACUGUUGGUUCGAAACCGUUAGCUUAGAGGAGCGACAGCAUUUCCUCUUUCUUAUGUCGGCUUUUUUAGGAGGUGGUGUCCCAGCACUGGCUAUAUUUUUUCAUUCAUGUCUUUAGGAGAAAACUAUUAAUGAAGAGAGCUGGACUUGUUUGGACAAUUCAGUGAAGCUGGGCCAUGUUAAAGCCAUUCUAAGAAUAUAUUGGUGGCAAAAGAGCUGAGAAGUUUUCCCAGAAGAAGAGCCGCCAUAUUGGAUUCAUUGCUGAGGUUUUAUGCUGAAGAACAUGGCGUAUGCAGUGGAUGAAAACUGGAAAGUUUUCCCAGUCAUGAGUAGACAGGCGGGGCGUCGCCUCCACGCCUAACUGGACCACAGCACGGAGCAGAGAGGAGCUUCAAUGAUUAUACCAUUCGGGGAAUAGUGACUCCUUUCUCCGAUAUCAUCUUAACAUUGACAGCUGUCAUCCUUUUGAUGGUCUGGCUGCUGACUUGACCACAGCUAUCCGCCGCCUGGAUCUCUGGGGAAAGAAGUGAUGAAAGGUCUCAGAUGCAGACACACAGAACCGAUGCAACAAGAUCAGAUCAAGCAGCUUCAAGCAGGAAGGAUCGAUGCUGGAGGGGAGCGAGGCGCGGGCGCGGAUCGGGAGCGCGCACAAAGGAAGGGACGGGAGGAAGCAUCAUCAGCAGCAGCAGACCAGUCGCCAGCGGAGCCCAGGACGGCGGAUGAACGGAGCAAAACGUGCAUCGUUUUCCCACAGCGGCUUUCCUCCAAGCAGCACCCUGCAGCCCGAAACCUGUCCGAAAAUGAUGCUCAAAGCGGCCCUUCUCCUCGGGGUGCUCGUCGGCAUCAGUCAAGCUGCCCUGCAGGUGUCCAUAUCCUUGAACAAAGUGGAGUUAAGUGUUGGAGAGUCCAAGUUCUUCACCUGCACAGCUAUCGGUGAGCCUGUAAGACUGGAAUGGUUUAACCCCCUGGGUGAGCGCAUCGUGAGCUCCAAACGAAUGACACUCCAGACGGAGUCGUUCCGGUCCCGACUCAUCAUCUACAACGCCAUCAUCGAGGAUGCGGGAAUCUACCGCUGCCAGGCCACCGAUGCCAGCGGUCACACAGAGGAGGCGUCAGUUGUGCUGGAGAUCUACCAGAAGCUGACGUUCCGGGAUGUAAAGUCACCGCAGGAGUUCCGGCACAGCGAGACAGCGGAGGUGGUGUGUGACGUCAUUAGUUCACCGGUGCCGGUGGUCGUUUGGUACUACCAGGACAAUGAGAUCACCAAGGAGUACCACAGGAGGUUCCGAGUGCUGCCAAACAACAACCUGCAGAUCCACCAGAUAACCAAGGCGGACGAGGGUGUUUACCGCUGCGAGGCCAGCGUGGAGGCCCGUGGGGAGAUCAACUUUGUUGACAUAGCCGUGGUCGUCAAUGUUCCUCCAGUGUUAUCGGUGUUCCAGCAGUCCUUCAACGCCACAGCUGACUACCAGGAAUCAGUCACUUUUACUUGCAUCACUUCUGGAUCUCCUGAUCCUCUGGUCACAUGGCACAGAAAGGGGAAGCAGCUGGAGCCUUCAGACAAGUACAUUUUCAGCCGGCUGGAAGGUGGACGCAGCAUGUUAACCAUCCGCAACAUCCGCCAGGCCGACGGAGGAACUUUCUCCUGCAACGCCACCAACAAGGCGGGGUCUCAGGAAAGAGAUCUCUUUCUUAAAGUGUUUGUCCAGCCCCAUAUCACGCUGCUGAAGAACGUGACAGCCGUGGAGGGCAGCGCCGCCAUGAUCUCCUGCGUGGCUGAGGGCGAGCCUCUGCCUGACAUCUCCUGGAGGAGAGCCAGUGACGGCCAGACCUUCGUAGACGGAGACAAGAGUAGGGACGGGCGGUUUGAGGUCCGCGGUCGUCAUGGCAAAUCCGUCCUGACCAUCGGCGGGGUGAGGCUCAGCGAUCUCGGCCGAUUCGACUGCGAGGCACAAAGCAGGAUAGGAGGCCAUCAGAAGAGCAUGUUUCUGGACAUUGAGUAUAUCCCCAAAUUUCUGACCAACCACACGAUUUAUUACUCGUGGGAGGGGAAUCCGGUGAAUAUAAGCUGCGAAGUGAUGUCCAACCCACCUGCCACCAUGCUUUGGAGGAGAGAGCGCUUCACCAUCUCAGAGGGAACCCCUCACAUGCAGAUCUACGGCACAGAGGGCAAGUCUGUGCUGGAGGUGACUCCAAUGUCUGACAGAGACUUUGGUCGGUAUAACUGCACGGCCCGGAACAACAUUGGAGUUCGAUACCAGGAGUUCAUUCUGGCCCAGGCAGAUGUUCCUUCAAAUCCAUACUCCGUUCGUCUGUCGGCCGUGUCCCAGCGCUUGGCAACCGUCACCUUCAUGAAGCCAGACUCUCACGGCGGCGUUCCCAUCAGCUACUACUUGGUCCAGUACAAAGAACUGGGCUCCAUAGACUGGAGGGAUGUAAAGUCCCACAGUGUGCAGACCACCGUGGUGCUGACCGGACUGGAGCCCAACACGACGUAUGAAGUCCGAGUGGCAGCUGUCAACGGGAAGGGUCAGGGAGAGUUCAGCCACAUGGAGACCUUCCAGACUUUACCCAUCCGAGAACCCAGUCCACCAGCGGUCCACGGGCAGAGAGGGAUGGGAAAGGCCUACAGGCUAGGACUGGUCAAGCAGGACGAUGGUGGGAUGCCCAUUGUCGAAUAUAUCGUCAAGUACAAAACAGACAAAGAGGAACAGUGGAUGACCAAGCUGGUUCCAGGAGCAAAUGACUUUGCCAUGCUGCAGCCGCUGCAGUGGAACACCAGAUACGAGGUGGAAAUCACAGCCCGCAACGUCAAGGGCCUGUCGGAGCCCACCUUCUAUCAGUUCUUCAUGCCACAGAAGCCUGAUAUCACAGCAGAAUCCCUGUUCAGCGGCUUGGGGCUCGGCGCGGUGGUGGGUCUCGGUUUGGGAGCACUUCUGCUGCUCCUCGUGCUGGUGGACGUCAGCUGCUUCUUCCUGCGUCACUGCGGCCUCCUCAUGUGCAUCACACGCACGCUCUGCAGCAAGAAAACGGCCACUAGCGGCAAGGGCAAAGAAAUGGAAGAAGGCAAGGCGGCCUACCUGUACACCUACAACAGCCGCCCCACCACCCUUUCAACCACAGAAGCUGCCGCUGAAGGAAGAAAAUGGCAAAGAGUCUCUCAAGCCGGAUACGAUUGAAAUCAAGGUGCACAGUGACAACAGCCUCCACAUAAAGCCAGACGACAGCAAGGCGUAAAAAGCAAAAAAAAAUAAAAUGUAAAGGUAAAGAAAAAUGGGUCGGUCCCCCUCGCCACCAAAAGAACAUUCGGAUCACGAGACCAAACCCCCCAGAAAAGUGAAAACACUGGAAAAUAGUGGAGUAAAAUACUAUAUCUGUUUAUAUCGAUGCCCGAAUGAAAGGCAUGUGUAAAUAAAAUCAAAAGAGAGCAGACAGGAAGAAAGGAUCAACCUUUUUGACAUCCAGAAUGCAUUAUGUUCCCACAUACACGGAUUCAGUAGGAGGCUCUUGUUGAUUAAUGAUUGUAUUUUAUUUUAUUUUCUGCCUUUUUCUGUCUCGUUUUAUCAGCUCUUUUAUGAAAUUCCUCAGAAUAUCCUUUUUAUUGUGUUUUAUCAAAGCCCACGUGAGGUUUAGGAUGGUUAAACGGUGUUAUAGCCUCCAUAUUGAUUUGUUUUUUAAAUGUUACACAGUCCUAAGUGGAGAAUAAAGGUGCGGACGUAGUGUUUCCAUGCUUUGGAUGUUGUCACUACAAAAACCGCUUUAUGCCUUUAAUAGCCAAGCUGGAUUUCAAGCUAAUCAGAUGCAAAUGUAGCUUCAGUUUGUUCCAUGCCGGCAGGAUUUUCAGAAAAAAAAAGUCAAAUAAUGCACAUAAAAGUUCAAAUGAGGGCUUGUCAAGUAUACGUUAAGGUUUUGGAUCUGUAUAGGAAAAGAAAGCAGUGGAUAUUAUCACCCAAAGCAUGGAGACAUGUGAAGGAAACAUGUUUUUCCUUAUUCCUGUCCCAGAUCUGCCUGACAUGCGUUUAUUUUGAACAAGAAAAACCCUUUUCUGUUUCUGACUCUCUCUGAUGUCGUUGUGUGUUGUACAUAGGUGAAAAAACGGAUAUUUUACAGAGCUUUUAUGUAAAUAUAUUAAAAAAGGAUGUCAUUUUUUCCACAAUGCAAAAGGCUUGGCUUUUGUUGUUAACAUCCCCCAGAUGAGUAGAUUUAUUUCCUCCUUCCUCUUCUCUCUCCGUUGUGUUCAGGUCCAAAGUUCAGUGCUGGUGUAAUAUUGCUUUUCCCACUCAUUUGCCCUCCCUUAAGGAAACCCCAUGCCCUGAGGCUAUUUCACGGCAUUUCAACUGAGGCAGUAAUUACGGCAUUAAUGUGCCUUUUCUUUAUUUUUAUUUUUUUCCCUCCUUGUUCCCUUUCUGUGGUGCGAUGCUUUUGUACGGCUCGCUCCAUGAAAUCAGUUUCUGAUUGUGACUUUGCUGCUUUUUGCGCCUGAGAAUGUGUCGACUCUUUAUUGUGAUGCUGUGAAAUUGGGGAACCGUGGGUUAGUCGUUGGACUGUGGAUUGUAGUCGGCCACACUGGACCUGUACAGAUGUAUACAGAUAGAUGUUGGGUGGUGCUGAUACUCGGAUCAAACUAACAGGGUUCCUACACGUUCUGGGAAAUGAUGGGAUUAGGUUUCAGUAUUUUCCAGGUCUGGAUAAACCUUGACAAAGAACAUAAGAAUAUGAAAAAAUAUUUGUAUUUCCAGACUUUAUUUCCUAUCCCAUUGUUCUUCUUUCUUUGUUUCCUUCCUUAAUUUUUUUCCUCAUGUCAUUUCUUGAUUCCUUGUGUCCCACCCGUUCUUGUUUGUGUCCUUCUUUUCUUCCCUCCAUUCUUCCUUGUGUGAUACCACUCUUCCAUCUGUCCUUCCUUCCUUACUUGUUCUUCAUUGUUAAUUCAUUCAUUCUUUUCUUUCUUGUAUCCUAACACUCUUCCUUACUUGUUUCCUAUCCCAUCCUUUGGUCUUUUCUUACAUUUCUUUCCUUCCUUCUGUCCUAUAUCCCUUCCUUUAAUUUGUCCUUUUUUCUUGUGUCCUACCUUCCUACGUUGUGUCCUUCCUUCCUUCCUGUCUUUUGUUUUUCCAGCUUCCAUGUAUGAAUCCUGUCCCUCUGUAGACAUGUGUUCCAUUGAUUCCUGGUAUUUUAUGUUAAACGUCUGUUAACAGACUGGGAACUCUGGGAAAUUGAGUGUGGUAAAUUCUGAAACAGCUACUUGACAAAAGUGUAGGAACUCAAAGGUAAAGCGACUGGCUUCAGAGAUCUGGCUCUAAUGGAGUGAAAUGCAUCAUCACGUGUGUGUGUGUGUGUGUGUGUGUGUGUGUGUGUGUGUGUGUGUGUGCAUACAUGCGUGUGUGAGUGAGUACACUUCAGGUUGCAUCUAUGUCUGUUGAAUGUAUCUGCACGUACAGUACUGUAAGUCCACCAGUGUGUGCACAUUUUGGUUUUAGUAAAAAUCUCCCAGUGGAACCAAAUCUGAACUUAAUGACCUAAAAAUCAGACUGAGCUGCAGUUCCAGGAUUUAUUUUAUUACUGUUGCUUUAUUUUGUUUGUGAGAGGCAUCAUGCAGCUCUGCAGGUCAUUUUAAUGAUGACCGCAUACCAGGUGUGAACGCUGCGAAUGAUCCUCUCUUUUGUUUUAUCACGGUGGGGAUGGGACUGAGCUCCUAUGAGUAGAACAUCACUAUGUAGUUCUCGACAGUGAUUAAUCCCCCCCGGCUGCAGCCUGUGUCUGUGAGCCCACCGCUGCUCGCCGCCUCUCAGACUGCGAUGGCUUUUAUCUGAAACCCGUAAAGCGCCGGCUUUGUUUUCUCACUGCAAAAACAUGUACCUGCAUAUCUCACGUGGAUGGUUCCUGCCAUGGAGUGGUUCUGCUGCCUGUUAAUGGUCACUGUAAAUACUGGAGCACAGUGCCUGGAGGCUAUACAGUUUGUUCAUGUUCCUUUUGUAUUUGAAUAUGAGUCUAAACCCACUCUCUCCUCGUUUCCUCCACCAAACCUCAAUCCCUUUGAUUCUGUCAGGGGUUAAACAGACGUGUUUGAGCUUAGUGUACAUUAUGUGUCCUCUUUGUCCCCAUGCCCCCCCUCCCUUGACCCCUGGACUGUCCCUGCGGAGUGUCAAUUGUGCAGAAGGUGGGAACUAUAGAUGUUUUUCUGUAUGUACCUGUGGAACACUUGUGACUCGUAUCAUUUUGCCGCUGUAAAUAAACAUGUCCUGGUAGAAGAGA